UUUCAAUCUUAUUUAUUUCAAUUCAUCUAUAUUUGUUCUUGUUUAUUUUUUAUUUAGUGGAAAACAUUAGAUAAAAAUGGUGAUAGAAAAAUUACAGUUGAAGAUGUUCAGAUAAUGCUUGAAGAGAUGGGUCUUGGUUUUCUUAGUAAAUAUGUAAGUCAAACAUUGUUCGAUAUGGUCGAUUCAAAUCAUGAUGGUACACUUCAAUUCCGUGAUUUUAUUGCAUUAAUGAGCAUAAUUAAACAAUUAGUGGGCGCUGUUACGUCAGCGAAAGCAAAUGCAUAA